AUGGCAAAGCCAAAGCGCAACAUCGUUGCAACUGCAGAGGAGACGUCUACCCCACCUUCUGAGGUGACAACUACCCAGUCGAUCGCACGGGUAAUCAAAGCCGAAGGAAACAGCUUGUACUCAUGCUCGUUGCCCAAUCAGAAGACCAUUCUCGUUGAACUCCCAUCUCGGUUUCGGAAUACCAUCUGGCUGAAACGUGGGGGCUAUGUUCUCGUUGAUACCAAGGAGGCCGAUGUACGCCAGAACAAAAUUGAUGGUGAGAUCAUAAAUGUAGUUCGCGACGAGCAUCUGUGGAGGAAAGAACCUUAUUGGCCCAAGGAGUUCCCGAAGUCUUCUGCAUAUGCUGAAGAUUCAGACGAUGAGGAAUCGACUGUCGGAAAGAUGCCUCCUUCCGACCCGGAGGAUGAGUACGAAUAG